AGUGGUGUGUCGUUUCGUUUCAUUCGCGUUUGCGUUUGUCGUCGUGUGUGAAGAAGGAAAAAGUAACUUUCCCGUAAAUAGCUGCCAUUUCGGGGUGAUUUUUGCGUGUUUUUCCGCCGGAAAAGUGUACCUCUCGAUCGUUGCACGAUCGGAAACUAUGGAAUACGGUAGUGAAAGUGGAUUCCACUGGUGGAACGGUUCAAAAGAGCGUUUGUUGGAGAUUUUUUCUUCCUCGCAGCAGCGGAAGCAGUAAGGGUAUCGAAAACGGGUUGGUGUGAGGAGGAGGAGGAGGUUCCUCCACCACUAGUGCACACACAUCCCACCAUCGGCUACUAUUUGCUGCUGCAGCUGAGUCGGAGGUGGAAUAAGUGCGAGCGAAAAGGCAACAAACCACACGGACCUAAAGAAGAAAAAACAAUUUUAAAAUUAAAAUUAUAACUGUUAGUAAAAAAAACCAUACUAAUAACGGAAAAAUGUCCAAAUGGAACAAAGGACAUGGGUUAAUCGUCCCGAUUGAUUCCCUGUUGAAGGAAAAGGAGAACACCAAUCGACCAGCGCCGCUGCGCUCGGCUGGUUUGGUUGGGCGUUGGGGCAUCACCAGCUUUACCUCAAUUCGAAACACUACCUACGCAUAUGAAAGCACCAGUCCGAAGGAACCGGAGGUGGACCUCAACUGCUCGUCCAGCCUGGCGAGUUUGUCCACGCAGGUCCCCAACGCACCGAAACCGAAGAAAUUCUUCAAAAGUCGCAACACUCUACCCCCUGUGCCGUCCAGUGCAACGCCCGAACGGCAGCAGGAUGCGCUCUUUCAUCACCAACACCAAGCGGCAGCACAGCUGCAGGCUCGUAUAGCGCAAAACGCGGGCGGUAGCCCGCCCUACCCGACUCCUGCAGCGGCGGGAUUUUAUCAGCAGGCUUCCUCGAAAUCACCGGCACGGGCUGCCGGUGAGAAGACAACGGUAAAGAAAGAGAAAACCAGAAAAAAGAAACAGAAACCACUGGAAGUGGUACCGGAGGUUCCCGUUGAACAGCCCGAACCAACCACCGAAGAGCUAAAUAGCUCUUCCAAAAAAGAGAAAAAGGAAAAGAAAGAGAAGAAACCGAAAAAACUUAAAAAAGAAGUCGAAUUACCGCCGGAAUUACCCAAGCGGAACUCGUCUCGAAUCCGAAAUAAAGUGGUCAACUAUAACGAAGAUGACGACAGUUUCGAUACUACUCCCUAUCGGCAGGAGGCAAUGCCAACGCCUCCGGUACCGACAGGAGAAGCACUGGAACAGCCGGCUCCGCCAAGCGGAGCCACAGCACCUGUUGCAGAGCAACAGCAAACGGAAGAGGAGUUAGAAGAACCCAUCCCAGAACCGGAGGAUGACGAUGAAGAUGAAGAGCCGAACGGUGAGCCCACGGCUGGUGUGAGUCCAGCUGCCGCUCCACCGAUUGCCCUUCCAAUUGUUGAAAAUGUGACCGAGACUCGACCGAAGCUGAAGGAACUCAAAGCUGUACCACCACCAAUGGCAGUGCCUGUUCCGCUGACCUCACCUUCGAUCACCGAGCAUCCGCCCAUUGUGCUGCGAAUUUCCAAGGGCACCUCUCGGCUGAUCAGCACCGACAGCGAGGAUGUUAAUUCGCCGCCUCACGGUACGACUACAACCGCACAGCAGCAACCACCCACGCCGGUAGCGCCUGCUGUCCGACAGUCAACUCCACCCCAGCCGCCCGCCGCACCGGAAGAACCCACGGUGCCCCCACUAGUACUGACAACGGCAACUGCGGUUCCGACAAUCGUUACGCGAUCACCACCAACACCAGCACCGGCAGCCCCAACAGCGGCGGCGCAAUCGGCUCCCCCCGAGGAACCCAAAAAGGAAGAUCUCAAAAUCAAAAUCUCACUUAGCAAGUCGGCUUUGAUUAGCAACGGAGGCAGCGGUGGCAGUAGCAGUGCUGGCAAGAGCAAGAAAGAAAGCAAGAAAGAGCUUCGGCACUUCAAAAAGCGAGUGCUGGCUCGAGAAAAGGGACGAACCAGCAAGCGACCGAAGCGUACUGCCGAGGAGAAAGACCCCAACGAACUGGACAGUGCCGACGAAGAUCGGCAAGCUUUGGAACUGCUAGGUGGCGUAGCGGAAGAUCUGCGUGUUGAUCCGAUCGUGAUACCGGCGAACCGUCCAACCUUCCCCCUACCCGGAACAGACGCGUACGAACUGUACCGUACUCUAGCUUCACCCUCCGGUGGUGACGAUUUCGAUUCGCAGAGCUCAAUUCUUGGCAGUGCUUCGUCCAACAAUACACCGAAACACGGUGGUCUAGCGGCGGCCGACGAUUGUCAGAUAAUUCACAGUCGAGGUUCGAGUGACUGUGGUAGUGAUUUGGAAUUGUCGCAGAACAGUUCAACGGCGGCGGCGCCGCCUUCGGAGAUUUGUUUUGAAAGUGAAAAUACGCAGGAGAAUCGCGAAGAAGAGGCAAAGAAGGACGCCCCAACCGUCGCCGCUGCGGUAGACGAAAAGAAAGAACCACCGGUGCGAGAGGAGCGAGUCGAGGUUCUGAAGCUCAGUCUAAAGGGUGCGAGAACAGCGACGAGAGCCACCCGAAGUAGAAUGAAAAACAUUCAGGUGGAGGUGGUGUCCAAGCCGGAACCGGUACCGGUUCCGGCGGAGAUAGCAACCCCGGAACCGGCCGUCAAAAAAUUCGGACGAGCCACCCGCAAUCGCAACAAUAACAACAACGUGGUGGUGGCAAAACCCAAUCAAAUACCUGAACCAGAACCAGCAUCUCCACCGGCACAGCCCAUUCGGGAACCGUCGCCCCCUACGGUGGCCCCCGCACAGAAGGUAGCCACCCGCCAGUACAGCCGGCGGAAGAAAAAUGUGAUUCCACCAGAUUACCAGCAAGCCUCCGCCGUCAAUCCAGCGCUCGAAUCAAACCCCGAAGAGUCCGGUCCACCCCCUUUCACACUAUCAUCCGAAAGCGAAUCGGCGCUAGCCUCUAUGCAGUCUAGUUUGCCGGCUUCGGCCGGCGGACUGGAUCUCACGACCACUGGUGGAGCAGCAGCAGCAAGCAGAACGGAACCUACCUCCGGCUCGGCGAACAACGUUCAGGAUGAAAACCAACCGGAACCGACCGACGUGUACAAAAUCAAAAACAAGUUCAAACGUUCGUACUUCCGCAGCGAAGAGCUGGCCAAACAGAAGCAACAGUUGCUGCAGGACAUUCGACCUCUCGGGGAAACUCCGAGCAAUAACACCAGCACCGUACCGGCAGCAGCUCCGACCAGCACGCUCACAGUUCCACCCAUCACCAUUCCAAUCGGAAACCUCCAGCAUCACCAACAGCAACAGCAGCAGCAACAGGACUCACAGCAGGACCACACGCCGCAGCCGGUUAAGUUGGUGAUAUCGAAAAAGAAGGGAAGCAUUUUCAAGAGCCGCCCGCUGACGGGAAGUGCCGAAGCAGCGGACAAGAAGAGGCACGUCUACAAGCACAAGUGGGACGACGAUGACGACGGUGAUGGGAAGGAUAAGACGGCCCUGGCAGGGGAAACGGAUGCCGAGAAGAAGACGGCUAACUUCGAGGGGGAACCAUCCGGCUUGUCGAGGGUGAGCUCCAGGUUGCGUAAUUCUGGUGGAGCUUCCAGCAUGGAUUUCGAAGACGAUGAAUUUGACGAUGUGGACAGUAAACUGCGGUGUGAUAGAAAUGCCAAACCGUACUAUACGGUGGUGCGGAACGUUAAGAACGCUCAUCAGAUUCAGGAGAUCGGUGAAUCACAGGAGAUGGACGAUGACGUCGAGUAUAUCCUGUCGGCUUUGCAACCGGACACACCGAAUGCCACUCGCUGCCUGUCGGCGGUGACGUUGGCCAGCAAAUGUAUGACUCCCGCCUUCCGGAUGCACGUACGAGCGCACGGUAUCGUGACGCGGUUCUUCAAAGCCCUCCGAGAUGCUCAUCUGGAUCAGAGUCUCGGCCUUUGUACGGCCACUAUUCUGUUUGUUCUGUCGCAGGACACUCUGAACGUUGAUCUCGACCGAGACUCGUUGGAGCUGAUGCUAAAUCUACUGGAUACGGACCACCUGUCCAGCUCCGAUGGAGGUCUCACUGCAGCCCAGCUGGAAAAGAACAAACAGAAGGUUCGGGAGGUGUGCGAAGAGAUCAAGAACUCCGGCAAGGCAAAGCACAUGGACCUGGACAAUCUGACCGUCGGUUCGCUAGCGAUGGAGACGCUGCUUUCGAUGACCUCGAAACGGGCGGGCGAUUGGUUUAAGGACGAACUGCGCAAGCUAGGUGGAUUGGACCAUCUGAUAAAAACUGUGUCCGACUGCUGUCGGGAAAUUUCCGACUACGUCGUCGAGUGGACGGACGAUUUGCUAUCGAAGCUGCGUAAGAUCGAACGCUGCCUGCGGGUGCUCGAAAAUGUUACCAUCUUGAACGAGCAAAAUCAGAGCUAUAUUCUGAACUACAACAAGGGCAGUCUGGUGCAUACGCUGGCGAGGCUUUUUAAGCUUGUUGAUAGUGAGGUCGUGCUGUACCCGACCGACGAACGAACGCCUAAGGACGACCGAGGAGUCGUACUGCGGGAGGUGAUUCCACCGAUACUGAAGCUGUUCAUCACCUUGACGCAUCCGUUCGAUGAGACUGCGUACGGAGCCGGUGUAAUCGGUGCCCUGCCGAAUGUGAUCGAAACCAGUCUGCAUCUAUUGCUGCGGGUCGGUGAAUACGUGCCGCAGAAGUUCAUCUUCGAGAUGAACAUUCUGGUGCUGCUGUUGCUGAUCAACCUGACGAUGUACACCCAAGCCAAUCGGCGCUAUCUGAUGGUCUCGCGGGCGCCGGAUGAUUUCAAUCAAACGAUCGAAGCUUCCCGUAAAGGGGCGCAGAUGGCCGUUCAGGCGCUGGUUGAGUACUUCUACCGACAGGAUGAACUGGCGCGGUAUGCGGAGAAGAACACCGAUGCUAUCCUGGAUGCCAAAUCGCAGAAGAACGAGGACCUCGAGGAGACAGUUACCAAAUUGCUGCAGAAGGCCGGUCACCACAUGGAGCACACGCUGAUGGCCAGCUACGUGUGCCUGCUGAUCGGUUGGAUCGUUGCCGGCAGCGACGAGAACGAAACCGUCGUUCGAACCUACCUGAAGGAUGGCAACUUCCUGACGAUGGUGAGCUCACUGGAAAAGUACUACAAUUUCCUCAAUCUGACGGCAAAUUCCGACGCCCUUAGUCUGCAGCACGUCCGCCAAACCAAAAACAUCAUCGACAAUCUAAAACGACUGGAUGCGGCCGAUCGAGAAGCUUCCGGCGGCAGUAGCAGUUCGUCAACCACCCAACCAGCAGCGCUGUCAGCGGCCGCCGCCUCUACCAGCUCGGCAGCAAACCAGCCGCAGCAGCAGCCGGCGCCGCAUCGCUAUGGAUCUCGCCCAUCAACCCGCGCGCACUACUGAUAGAAGGGGGAACAGCACGACGCGGACGCCGCGCCGGUGAUUCCAGCCGGACGACGACGACUACGAGUGAUGCCCCCCCGACGACGCUUGUUGUAAGUUGUAUUUUUCCUAACUCUACCGACAUUUCUCGCAUUCUCUACUCGUGAAUUGUAAUCGUUCGUAGUAGACACAGUAGGAUCCUUCUUUUUACCCGUUCCGGUUCGUCAUCCAAACAGACAGACAGGCAGGCAAUCUUAUUUUAAUCUGUUUCCAAAAACGUUUGCAAAAAAAAAAAAAACAAAUGCUAAACGUAAGAGUGUAGAAACGGUGGUACACUGAUUGAUUGAAUGUCAUUUUACUAUUUCCCAAGCAAUUGUUAAUUAAAAAUCUGCACCUAGUAGAAAGAUUGUGACGUUGUCGUUCUCCUUUAUCGGAGAGAAAGUGAGAGGAAAGUUCAGUUUAAUUUCCCCUUGAUAUUUAGACUGUUCUUCUUUUCUUCGAUGAUAGGUAGGUUAGUUUAGGUUUUCCCAGCACACAAAUAAUGCUAUCGAAAUUGAUAAUAAAAUCUGUAACUUAGUUGUGUUUGUUUUAGAUUUUGCGUUGCUUGCGUUCGGCUUUCGUGUUUAACUUUUGCGUAGACAACAAAGCUCGUUUCGUAGCAUCCCUACUAGGUAGUAAUAACGGUAAACCGGUUUUACCGGUUUACUAUACCUUACUUAGUAUACUUAUGUAUGUGUUUGUAUGUGUGUUGUGAGGAGCUUAAUCGUGCGACGGAUUGUCGCCUCUACCACAGCAGUACUAUUGGCUAAGUGUUAUGUCAAAUACAUCAGUGUAUGUGUGUAUUGUAUGUAUGCAAGGGAAGAAAAUGAAAAAAAGUAACGGGAUGAUCGCGAACGUUUUCCCAUUCUAGGCCAGUGGGAUUUUUGCUGGAUCCGAUUGGCAAUUGUAAUUUUAAUUUACAUAGUUUCUAUAGCAUGUACAAUACUGAGUUUUCUUCUCCUGUAGAAAGUAAGCUAAAUAAAAAGGGUGACACUUUGCUGUUGUCACGUUCGUGAAAAUAAAACACACACACAAAUAAUUCGUAUAAUAAAAAGGCAAAGAAACAGCGGUAAAUGUAAACGCAGCUUUUUUGGAAUAAGAAAUUAUUACUAGAAGUAAGACAAGUAAAACAGAAAUAUGAGAAAUAGUGAUAAGCUUUAGCGUGUUAAGCCUUGUACAUAGUCUAAUGGUAAUAUAUUGUUUAAAUUAUUAAGAUGCAUAACAAAAGAGAGAAAAAGAGAGCAAAGUUCUUUGAGGAAAAUACAACUUUUUAAUAAAACCGCGAAAAUAA